AUGGCUGAUGAUAGUUUACUAAACGACUCCAAUCUGGCCACGCUGGGUAGCAACGAUGAUGAAGCCGAGCUUCUGAUAGAGGACGACUAUUUGAAGGGUUCGGAAAUGCAAAUCGAUCCGGAACUGGAAGCCAUCAAGGCACGAGUGAAGGAGAUGGAAGAGGAGGCGGAAAAGUUGAAGCAGUUACAGUCGGAAGUCACGAAACAGAUGACCUUGGGUUCGCCCACCGGAUCGACACCCAUGCUGACGGCGGAAGAAAAGGCCGAGGUAGAUAACCGUUCUAUUUACGUGGGAAACGUCGACUACGGUGCAACUGCUGAGGAGCUGGAAGCACAUUUCCAUGGAUGCGGGGCAAUCAACCGAGUGACGAUUCUUUGCAACAAAGCAGACGGUCAUCCGAAAGGAUUUGCAUAUAUUGAGUUUGGGUCGAAAGAAUUCGUAGAAACUGCGCUCGCUAUGAACGAAACACUGUUCCGGGGCAGACAAAUCAAGGUGAACCCAAAGCGUACCAACCGUCCGGGAAUGUGUCAAACUAACCGGUUUCCACGAGGUGUCCGAGGUCGUGCGGCCAGAGCUUCGAGGGCUUGUUGCUACGGAGCACACCGUGGCACCAGAAGGCCUAUUCGAGGCUAUCGAGGUCGUGCCAACUAUUACGCACCUUAUUAA